AUGAUUCUGAAGCCUGUAAUGUUGGUCACCGUUUUCGUCUUGAACAUACUUCUUCGAACGGUUCACAGUUUUGCCUACAGCCAAAUAGAAGGUGUUACCGUCCUGCAUCCCGAAGAUUUCGACAACAAAACAUCGGAGGGAAUCUGGCUCGUGAUUUUCUAUCGCAAGACUUGUGGACACUGUAUAAGCUACUCUAAACCUUUUUCCCAAUUCUGCCGCUCUGUAAAAAAUUGGAAUUGGGCACUUCAUCUCGGAUCUGUGGAUUGUGAAGAUCAAACUAAUAUGGAUUUAUGUUAUCGUUUCAAAGUACAAGGAGUUCCCACUCUUAGGUUCCUGUCCACGAAAAAUAGUAAACAAACGUCCGAAGAAAUUCCAGCUGAGUGGAACAUGACAUUACUGCGGAAAAGCAUUGCCUCUAAGUUAGUAAAUGUCUCUGCUCUUCAACUCCCAAGGGACUUAGCAGUUAAUGAUCCAAUAAUUGUUACAGGUAGUGAUAUAGAAGUAAACGCUCUGCUGUUACUGGAUUAUAGUCUCCUUCUAAAACGAGAGAUCCAAAGCGUAGUAAAACCAGGCUUAAAGGAAAUAGAUGUCACGAAUCGUCUUUCUGGUGAAGUAAUUGUUAAGGGACCCGAGGAACAGGUUAGGAUGGUACUUGAACGAAUCGCAGGUAGUGAACCAAGGUUGGAAGAAAACAGUCAGCCAGAAAUAGAUGUUAAAACAACACCAAUCCAAGUUAAAUAUCCACCGGUUUACGCGGUUGACAUCUAUCGGUCACUAAGUAUGCUACUACAGUCUGACGUUGGUGCAAGUGAUAAAAUUGAGGGACCAGCCUUAGAAGCUCUUAAAGAAUUUUUGGACAUGUUAUACGAGAUUCUUCCGGCUUCUCAGGAAUAUAAAGCUCACCUGUCUGAAAUUUCCGUUUGGUUAAAUUCUAAAACAAGUAUUACGGGUCAAGAAUGGAUUGCGUAUCUUGAAGGAAUUCAAUUCCCUACAUAUAAAGGACCAUUUGUAGCGUGUAAUGGAAGCAAACCACAUUUUCGAGGAUAUCCAUGCGGUUUAUGGACUUUAUUUCAUGCAUUAACGGUAGAGCAAUAUCUGUUAUCAUCCUCCGGUCCAGACCAUCAAGUAGAUUCAGUCGCUCAUGCUUUAAAUCGUUUCGUCCCCCAGUUCUUUUCAUGCUCAUACUGUGCAUUUCAUUUUGCAUUGAAUACAGCAAACGUAGUAAGACCAGGGGAAUCUGUCUUACCGGAAAAUCGUGUUACUCCUAAUCCACAUGAACUAGUGCUUAAUGAAUCAGUUAUUCCUACUUUACCUAAAGCUCCAGAGACUCCUAGAGAUACUGUAUUAUGGUUGAAUAUAUUACAUAAUCGUGUAAAUAAACAUUUAGCUGGUCAACCAUCAGAAGAUCCAACUGCACCUAAAAUUCAAUUCCCACCGUCUUAUUUAUGUCCUGCCUGUUGGUCACAGAGUUCAACAGGUGAAUUGGAAUUAGGUAAAACUCCAGAGACCGAGGAAUCAUUGUUUCAAUUCCUUGUUGAGCGAUAUCGUGCAUCAUCUUGGAAGUAUGUGGAUUUACCUACAGUAUUCAUAACUAACGCUGUGGAGUUAAAAACUGAACAACCAGUUCCCGAUCUGUUAAUAAUAUCCAUUAUUUCCGUUGUACUUACAAUAUUAGCAGCUGUCAUUUUACUUGCUGGUUUACGUUUCCUGUGUCGUCGUCGUAGAUUGUUCCGUCGAAGACGAGGACAGUAUACAGGUGGACAGUCAGUCUAA